UCAUGGCCAGGUUAGGUUCGUCUGGAAACCCCUGUGAGGUGUAAUGUUGUUAAACAGGUCUACAUUCACAUACCUUACAGAAAACCUCGAUGUAGGAGCGGAUCCGUCGACAGGCAACUAUUGUAGUAUCAGCUAAAGACGUUGAACAGCCAGACGGCUGAAUUACCUCCGUUCACUUGCAAGUUUUGUUAAAGAUCAGGGCCAUGGCUCAGAGGGAAGUGAAGGAGGCGUUUGUCAGUAAUCUCAAUGGGACCAGUCUGGAGGAGGUUGCACUUGGAUCUUUUCUGAGUCCCAUCUGCCUCAUCAACAGAGGACUUAUCCUGAUCCUCUACCAUCGAGCCAAAGGAACUCUACCGCUGCCUGUUCCACUCAUGUCUCACAUGCUUCUGGACUUCUUCGUUCUCAUUCUUCCCCUCGUCUUGUCAUGCACUGUUUUGAGCAGUGUUCUUCACCUUGUCAUCAUGGGUCUGACUUUAUUUUCCUCCUGCUUGUUAUGCUACGUCUACCGUGCCAGCAGACACAGCUCUAAACAGCACCCACAGAGCACUGUCAGCACCUUUCUUCAGAGUCACGUUGAGGCAGACCAGGUUCCAUUCGUCACCCUGUUUAGAGUUUUUGUGAACGUGAAGACGGCAAUCAGUAUCCUUGCCGUAGACUUCGCCGUUUUUCCAAGGCGAUAUGCAAAAACUGAAACCUACGGGACAGGGGUUAUGGACUUUGGAGUUGGAGCAUUUAUCUUUGCGAAUGCCCUCGUGUGUCCAGAGGCUAGGGGAAAAAACAUCUCAGGAUCCAAGAUGAGCUAUGUCCUGAAGCAGCUCCUCUCCGUCUGGCCCCUGAUUGCUCUUGGUAUAGGAAGGUUAGUUAGUGUCAAAAUGAGUGGAUACCAUGAGCAUGUGUCAGAGUAUGGCGUCCAUUGGAAUUUUUUUUUCACACUUGCCAUUGUCCGAGUUGUUGCCUCCAUGCUUUUGGCUGUUUUACCCGCUAACCAUUCGUGGAUUUUUGCUCUCAUCAUCAGUGGAUUGUAUCAGUUCACUUUGGAGACGUCGGAGCUCAAAGCUUUCCUCAUCCACAACAAUGACCGAGAAAAGGGAUUUCUGCACGCUAACAAGGAGGGGAUAUUCUCUGUAGUCGGUUUUGUUGCCAUUUACCUGACAGGAGUUCGUAUCGGACUUUAUGUGAUGCAGCCAAGGUCCCAGGUCAGAGAUUGGCUCAAAAGCCUUUUCAGCCUGUUGAUGGGAAGCCUGGUCCUGUACACUGCUCUUUGGAUGUGCCAAACCCUCGUGGAACCUGUAUCUCGACGCCUGGCUAAUUCAUCUUUCUGCCUGUGGAGCGUUGCACAGUCUUUGUUUUUCAUGUCCUGCCUUGGUAUAGCUGAUAUGGUUUUACUAUUUUCUAAAAAAGCAUCAGAUUGUCACUUUGUGCCGUCAUCUUGGAGUCUGUGUAAAAAACAGUCCGACUCUGGCAAAGUGUCCAACUUAAAGAGAGAUGAAAGAGAAAGAUUCUGCCUCAUUCAAGCUGUCAGCCGGAAUCAGCUGCUGUUUUUUUUGCUUGCAAACGUAAUGACGGGACUGACCAACUCCAUAGUAGACACACUCAGCUGCAGCAGUCCAGUUUCAGUGUGUGUUUUACUGUUGUACAUGUUCACUAACUGUUUUGUAAUUUAUGUUUUGCAUUUCAGUGGAACAACAAUAAAAUUCUGGUAGGCUUCAUGGAACUAAACCUACUGCCUCCCAAAAUAAAAAUGAAAAAAAAAAAACAGUGGUUCAAUCUUACAUUUUACAAAGUGUGUUUUGCAACAAUCAAUAUGCUUGAUAAAACUUUGUAUUUUCAUGUAUUACACUUUGCAGAGAAAGGCAACUAUUUUGAUUUUAUGUAAAAAAAAAAAAAAAAGAUUGUUCUUUUAAUUCAUGCUUUCACUUGUAAAUAACAAGAAUAAAAA